AGGAUACCAUCGGCAAAAUUUUUGGUAAACAAUUCGAAUCCAUAAAAAUUGCACUCAGAAUCGUUGACGAAAUAUUACAAAUCGUGUGUCCUGCAGGUGAAUUUUAUACAUUUUGUGAAUAUGCCGAAGGGGAAAAGUCCAUUCCGGAUCCUGCAAGGGGAAGGAGAUACAUUGAAAAAAGAGAUUGAUGCAUUUAUGGAAGAAUGUGGAUUAGUUCUGGACGAUUCAUCUCUGAAAGACAGGACUUCCCGUAUGAAGAAACUCUUUGAAAGAUGCGGAGCCUUAAGAAAAAAGUGCAAAGCACUUGAAAAGAAACUUACAAAUUUGUCAAAGGGUAAAGAGCCAACUGUUAUUCCCAAUUUUGAUGAGAUGAGAAGUGAAGAGGUGGAUCGUAUGCAUGUUCUAGAGUUGAGGUUGAAGAAAAUUGGCAAUAAAUUGGAGCCUGAUGAAGUGGAGGAAUCGUAUUUUAACAACGUGAAGGAUAAUGACGAGUCUAUGAAAGAGCAAGGAAGCAAACCGCCAACUGGAGAGUUUGAUGAUGAUAGCAAUGACGAUGAUGAUGAUGAUGACGAAAAUGAUGAAGAGAUAGAUGAUGAAGAAAAAGAAGAAAGCAAGAUGGAGACUACCAAUCCUGAUGAGGAAAAUGAAGGAGAUGUUGAUAAUGAAGAUGGUGGAAAGAAAACAAAGUUUAAACGGCGUAGUAUGUUCCGUCGUUCCAAGACUGACAUUAAAGUUGAAAAAGUUGAGGAUGAUGCAGAAAAGGAAAAGAAAGAUAAGAAAGACAAAGACAAAAAAGAUAAGAAAGACAAGGACAAAAAGGGUAAAGAAAAGUCUGAGAAAGAAAAAGAAAAAGAAAAGGAAAAAGAGCGUAAAGAGCAAGAAAAGAAGGAAAAAAAGGAAAAGGAGAAACUGGAAAAAGAAAAGAAGGAGAAAGAGAAGAAGGAGCAGAAGGAAAAAGAACUGGAAGAGAAAAGAAAGAAGAAAGAGGAAAAGGAACUAGCUGCAAAAUUAGCAAAGAGUAAGAAAGGAGAAGAUGGUGAUACUAAAAAAGAUAAAGACGAAGAUAAACGACCAGAUUCACCAAGCAAAAGAGGCUUUGGAGCAAAGUUAUUCAGUCGUGACUCUAAGAAGCCCAAAAUAGAAGAGUCCAAGAAAGAUCAGUCUGGAACCAUAGAAGAUGAAAGUGAGGAUGAAGAAGAUGGAAUUGACAAUGAAGAAGAAGAAGGAGCAGAGGAGGAUAUGGAGGAGGAAGAUGGAGGAAGGGAAGAGGAAGAUGAGGAAGAAGAUGAUGAGGAGGAGGAGCUUGAAGAUGUUGAGGAGGAGGAGGAAGAAGAGGAGGAAGAACAACAAGAAGAAAAACAAAAGAAAGUGGAGCCAAAGCAGGACAAGAAGAAAGGAUGGAGCUUUUUACGGAGGGACAAGUCACCUCAAAGGAAAGUCAAGAAGGACAAUGACAAGGAUGAUAAGAAAAAGAAGAAAGAAGAUAAAAAGCAAGUAAGAGUACAGGAGGAAGAAGAAGAGGAAGAGGAUGAGGAAGAAGAAGAGGAUGAAGAGGAUGAAGAGGAAGAGUAUGAAGAUGAGGAAGAAGGAGAUGAGGAGGAAGAAGAGGAAGAAUCAGAUGAUGAGCAAGUAGUGAUGAAGGCAAAGAAACCUCAAAGAGUUGAAAGUGAAGAGGAGGAAGAAGAAGAUAGUGAAGAAGAAGAAGAGGAAGAGGGAGAAGAAGAAGAAGAAUUAGAAGAUGAAGAAGAAUCUGAGGAAGAAUUGUUAGAGGGAGAGUCUGAAGAAGAAGAAGAAGAGGAAAAUUUCAAACCUCCUGACGAAGGGAUGGAUCUGUUUGAGGCUGUAUGUGAUUUUGAAGGUGAAGAGGAUGAUGAUCUCUACUUCAAGAGAGGUGCUAUUCUUACAAUCCUUAAUGUGAGGGAGGAUGGCUGGUGGAUGGCUGAAGAUGAAGAGGGCAACAAAGGUUUGGUACCAAGUACAUAUCUCAAGCUCAAGAAAGAACACAAUGACUACAGAGACGUACAGUCGCCUGAAGUUGAUGGAAGUGAACGGCAGGAUGAAUUUGAUGAGAGUGGUAAAGAGCUGUGGAGGGGCCUGAGGAAGUCUGUUACCGAGACUGGAGUAACUGAUGUGUUAACGGCAAUGGGUGCUAUACCGGCAGGAUUCAGACCUUCAACUACAGCUAAACAUCUCAGGCUAGACUCCUACACACUGUGCAACUUUCUGAAGCCUCGCUUCACAGAGUCCUGUCUGGGGUUCCAGGACUUGAACUGGUCUCCGCAUGAGAACCAGAUCCGAGCUAAGACAGUCCGCCUUCAGAAGAUCCUCACACUUCUAAUGGUCCGCAAUAUGCCUCCUUGUGGAGUAGGCAUCGAAAUCAGAAGUCGGCAUGUCAGAAUCUGUUUCUUUGAUGGGGACAAGAUUCUGAGUAACAUUCACACUAUACAAGCUACAUGGAAUAAAAAUGAUCCAAAGACAUGGAGAUUCUCACCCAAGGUAACAUCUCUGCUACCGAGUAUAUUAGAUGGAGAUUGUUUCAUUAGAUCAUCUCGUACAGAGGAAAACACAGGCCUUCUCUUGGAGCUGUGUCUUUCAUAUGUGAGACCGAAAACUGGAGAGAAAGGAGAAUUGAGCUGUGGAUGGGUCAAUGUACCGCUCUAUGACACAGCAACUGGAGCACCAAUAGUCAAUAAAAUGUAUGAACUCCAAGUGCAAGGUGGGACGCCCUUCGAACAGGAAGUAGAAGUUGACCCUUCUAUCAGUAGAAGAAGAGAUUCAACAAGUUCAACAGCAAGUUCCAGUAAAUUCCGUUCAAUGAUGUCAGCUAACAAGCAACCAAGGAUUCAGAUCAAAUUCAUCACACCAACUAAAGAACAGAAGCCUUUACUAGACAUGUUACCAGAGACGAUAGUGAGCUCUCUAGGCUACCUCCCAUUCCUCAGUAUCUUCCGCAAUCUUCAGGCCGUCGAGGUUCUACGGGAUAGGAUAGAUCUUCAGAAUGCAGAUCUGAUUCAUUGCCCAGUCCUGGCGAAUUUUCCUGAAGCCACAAAGUAUCCAGACAUCAUGGAUGCACUGAGGAGUUGCUGGGCAGACAAGAAGCUAAAGAACAAGAAGAUUGACAAGAAAGAUCCAGAGCAGAUGAAAGAGCUGUUCACAUCAACGUUCAUGGACUCUGUGUAUCCCAUCAUGAGACUACCAUCAUUACCGCCUUACAAGUGGGCUGAGGAGGAGAGAGACAGUGAAAGAUGGCAAGUGAUCUCAGAGUUUCUUCAGUCCAACAAACAGAAAGGAAUCCUUGCUUCCUUUCUAGCUCCUGGUGGAGAGCACAGUCCUUUUGACAUGACAGAAGUGGCCUUCAAUCUCCUGGACUCAUUUCAAGAACUGAAGUGAUUGUUUACUUU